UUCCGCUGGGGCCAAUCCUCUUUGACAACUAGAUCCAAAGUUCCGGACUCCUGGACAGAUGUCUCCCUCUGGUGCUUCCCAUUCUCCUCUUCACGAUUUCUCCAUAAAUAAUUAACACAAAAUAUAAUUACUCCAGGAUUUAAUUCCGAUUUCAUCUCAAUAGAUUAAAGAAAAAAUAAUCUCUUGUGACAACAGAAGGUGUAAUCAAGAAUUAAUUAAGUAAUUACUCUCAUGACUGUUUAAUGACAAUGAAUCGAACUUAUCGUCUGCUGCAUCAGAGAUUCGUGUCAUUUCAUCGUUGUUUGAUUAUUGGAAAGUCCAAGGUGCCAUCGACAAUCAGAUACUGCUCCAGCCAAGGAAAUCUUCAAGAAAAUAUUUGUAAUAUUGGAACAAUUGGACAUGUAGAUCAUGGAAAAACGACAUUGACAGCGGCAAUAACAAAAGUAUUGUCUGAAGAACUCAAGAGUUGUAAAUACGUACCCUUUGAUGAGAUUGAUAAAGCACCAGAGGAAAAAGCUAGGGGUAUCACAAUAAAUAUUGCACAUGUGGGUUAUUCCACUAAAUUAAGACGAUAUGCCCACACCGACUGCCCAGGUCAUGCUGAUUUCAUCAAGAAUAUGAUCAGUGGUGCAUCCCAGAUGGAUGGAGCUAUUUUAUUAGUUGCUGCUGAUGAUGGAACCAUGCCACAGACUCGAGAACAUCUUUAUUUAGCUAAACAACUCGGUGUCAAUCACAUUGUCGUUUUUAUCAAUAAGGCGGAUCUGGUGGACGACGAGCUGUUGGACCUAGUGGAGAUUGAGAUCAGAGAAUUAUUAACAAAUAUUGGUUUCGAUGGAUGUGCAUCACCGGUGGUCAGGGGCUCAGCACUGGCUGCACUUAAUGGUGAAAGCCAUGGGGUUCAAUCCGUCAAGAGAUUGAUGGAUGCUGUUGAUAAUUAUGUGCCAACACCAAUCAGGGAUUAUCAAUCGCCAUUUCUGCUGCCCAUUGAUAACGUCUUCAAUGUUCCUGGAAGAGGAACUGUCGUUGUGGGCACUCUAAAACGAGGAAUAAUGAGGAAAAAUGAUGGGGCUGAUCUACUGGGUUUCAAUAAUGACACUAAAACAAGUAUUUCGGAUAUUCAGAUUUUUAGGAAAAGUGUACCUCAAGCUCUGGCAGGGGAGAAUAUAGGAGUUUUAUUAAGAAGUAUUAAAUACCAAAAUGUCUGUCGUGGGAUGAUGCUCUGCCAGAGAAAUUCUCUCGUCUCCAGUAAUCAUUUUGAGGCACAACUCUAUCUCUUGGAUUCCUCUGAGGGUGGGAGGCAUCGACCACUUCCGGCUAAUGGACAUUGCACACCGAUUUAUAGUGGAACGUGGACAGUACAGUGUAGAUUUGACUUCCAAUUGGAAGGGGAAAGCAAAAUGUUAAUGCCUGGGGAACAGUGUGCGACGAAUUUGACGCUUGUGAAGAAAAUGCCGAUCGUUGAGGGACAAUCUUUCACGAUUCGGGAAAAUAGAAGUACAAUAGCUACUGGGAUUAUAACGAAAGCCUUGAAACCACUGAACAUCGAUAAAAAGAGAUUAAAUCUCAUUGUUAUACCUAGCAUGAAGCAAAUGAAGUCAUAAAAUUUGAAAUAUAUGAUUCUUUCUCCUAUCUUCAAAGAACUCAAGUUCAUUUGAAUUUUAUUCCAUAUUUCAAUUGUUCAAUUGCAUCUACAGGAAUUACAUCACAUUUUAACAAAAUGAGGUAACAAUCUCAUCAAAAUAAUGAACGCAUGUUUAUCCUCGUGACUUUCACGUAUUUAAUACUAAUUUCGAUUUAAAAUCCAAUCUCGUUACUUAGAUUUAUAUUCAUGAAAAAUUAGUGGCGAGAAUGUUUUCACUAAUAAACAUACAUCACUGAUGA